GGAAAAGGCGGAGAAAUUAAGUCAAGCGUCAGUGUAUGACCAGAUCAAUUCAGUGUUGCUGCUGCAUAUAAUGGGGAGUGUUAAAGCAACGACUUCUAAUAUAUGGAGACAAUUAACAGCCUGUUAUGAAAUUCUGAAGACAACGGAGGAACUGUCGCUGGCGUUUCUUCAGCCUAUCGUGGUGGAUGAUGCGACUACAAGAAAUUUUUUCAUCCAGUUACAUUUGAAAUUGGCAUUGGAAUAUUUAGAGUCUACGAGACAGUACCUGAAGUUAGAAAAUUUGGAUGUAGAUGUGUUAGAAGAUGUAUUGUUAAGUUAUAAAUCGAAAGAGGGUUUAAUGUUUAAUGAAGAGGGCACGGAGCAAUAUCACCUAGAAACGACAUUGAGCCACUUGGCUCGUCUCAGGGCGGUUCAAUUGGAUUUGUGGAGUUAUGUACGUGAAUCAGUGAACCGCGAAGUGUGGUCAGCGAGACAGACUCUGGUGUUUGGGAUCGUAGUGCUUAUAUUAGUCCUUCUUGUUUCGCCCUUAUUAAUCCUGUUGUUGCGAUAUACGAUAAAUACUAUCCAGAAAUUCACGGAAUCAAUAGAAAUAAGCACGCAGAAGUUAGUAGCUGAGAAGCAGAAGAGCGAUCUGCUGCUCUCCCGCAUGCUGCCCCUGCCCGUGCUGCGGCGGCUGCGCGCGCAGCGGACUGUGCCCGCGGAGGCGUUCGACGCCGUCACCAUCUACUUCAGCGACAUCGUCGGUUUCACCAACAUAGCUGCCAACAGCACGCCCAUGGAAGUCAUCAACAUGCUUAACAUGCUGUACAAAAUGUUUGAUGACAAAAUAAUGCAGUAUAAUGUGUAUAAAGUGGAGACGAUAGGAGAUGCAUAUAUGGUUGUGUCAGGGCUUCCACAACGAAACGGCAACCGGCACGCGUCUGAAAUAGCGGAUAUGUCGCUCUCGCUGAUGCGAAGCCUGGAGGGCGCGCGCGUGCCGCACCGGCCAGACGAAUUCCUGCGCAUACGCGCCGGCGUCAAUACCGGCCCGUGCGUAGCGGGCGUCGUGGGCACCACCAUGCCGCGAUACUGUUUGUUCGGCGACGCCAUCAACACGGCCAGUCGGAUGGAGAGCACGGGAGAAGCUAUGAAAAUUCACAUUUCGCCAACGACCAAAGAAGCGUUAGAUGCAAUAGGGAAUUAUGUCGUAGAGUCCCGAGGCUUAGUCGACAUUCAGGGUAAAGGGGUAAUGGAGACUUUCUGGCUCGUAGGGCGGACAGACGACAAGACAGAAAGCCCCAGAUGUGUACGGUUGCAGGACUACGAUCAGAACGUUCUAGAAUUACUAAUUAGGUCAUAAUUUACAAUCAAUUGAUUUUGUUUCAAUAAACCAAAUUGAAAAUCGAAUGUCUUUCGUUUAAAAUUUCAUUUUUGUUUGUUAUACAUCAACCUUCCUCAUGAAUCACUCUAUUUAUUGAAUUAUUAAAAAAACCUCAUCAAAAUCCGCAUACAAAGCGUCAU